GGGAAAUUUCAAUGAAUGCUUGACUUCGGCGCUUGCCUGGUUGACGACGGAACAACACACCAGGUCAACAAUACAAAUCAACAAUCCAAUUAUAUGGCCGAAUAUAUGCCAUUCGGAAUCUACGUCUCACUCGGGUCUUUGCCAUAUAAGGCGCAUCGAAUCUUGGGGGCAGAGUUGACGGAGUACAGCAACAUAUGAGGCGAGCGGGAGGGGACUGGAACUGGGAAGCUUUGGCUUUUUGCGUUGGCAAAAGCGGCAUAGCGAGUAGCUCGGGCCAGUGCCAGUAUCAGUUAUCAAUAGGGGCAAGUAUAUUUUUAUCGCAUGCAUGAGCUUAAGCAUGAGCAUGAAUCUUGGGUUUAACGGCUUCAAAAGGAAAAAAGGAGAAAUUCAGACGACAAGUUCGGCCAAGGAGUGUACUCUAUGACUAGUCUGAACUGUAUGACUGAUCUACCAAGUACGUAGGUUGAGGCAGCCAAUAGCUUCAAUGACGUGCAUCGUCACUUCCCUUCAUCCCUCCUCCGUUUGGCCUCAGCCAUCCACAUAAAUGAAUUAACCACAACAGCUCUGCAUGAAAAAUAAAACAUAAUUUCAAACCACAAAAUGUCCAUCUCUCCCUCUAAACCCACCCUACGAAGAACACGCUUCGUCUGUGUCUCAGACACCCACAAUGCAGCACCGGGAGGCCCCUUCAAGCUCCCCAAAGGCGAUGUAUUAAUCCACGCAGGCGACCUCACAAACCAAGGCUCCUUUUCAGAACUCCAAAAAACAAUAAAAUGGAUAGAAGAAGCCGAUUUCGAGUGCAAAAUCGUAAUCGCCGGUAAGACUCACAAUAAACCUCAACAUCCCGCCCACCAUCCAUCACAAUCACAAGAUUCUGGUCUGAUGACAAUCAACAACCAGGAAACCACGACACCACCCUCGACACAGACUUCUACACCCAAUACGGAUCCUACAUCCACAACCACAACCCCCAAGAUCCUCUGACUUGUCAAUCCCUCCUCGGCACCUCCCCCUCCAUCACCUAUCUCCAGCACACCGCCGCGGUCGUGAGGCUUACCUCCCCCACCGGCCCACGAACAACGUUCAAAAUCUUCGGCUCCCCUUUCUCCCCCGCGAAAGGGAUGUGGGCCUUUGGCUACCAGCCGGAUGAUGCACUGCCGCUUUGGGAGAGGAUACCGCUCGAUGCGGAUAUCGUGGUGACGCACACCCCGCCGAAGUAUCACUGUGAUGAGCGGGGUGAUAGGCGAGCGGUGGGGUGUGAGAAGCUUAGAGAGACGCUUUGGAGGGUUAGGCCGAGGAUGGUUGUUUGUGGACAUGUUCAUGAGGGGAGGGGGGCGGAGAGGGUGUUGUGGGAUUUGGAGAUGUCGAAUGUGAAAUUUAAAGAGAAGAGUGUGGAGAGAUGGAUUGAUCCGGGGCUGGGGAACAAGAAAAUCUCACUCCUCGACUUAACUUCUAAAUUGGGGAAUCCUUUACAGAAUGAUGGCUCAGUCAGCGAUUUCAACGCAGAGAACGAUACUCUCGACCUCCGAAUCUCUCGAGAUCCCGCAACCAUCCCCCUCCAUUCCCCCUCUUCAUCUCCUCCCAAAUCCCGCAAAUCCUCUAAAUCCAGGAAAUCCUCCAAAUCCCCACAACGCAAAACAAGCGUUAUCGAACGCGGCCUCUCCCGAGUAACCACCAACCUCCUAGCCAUCCCUCCUGAAGCAUUACCCUUAGCAACACUAGGUCAAGGCGGGAUCCCGCCUUCAAAACGGUGUGAUCUGGAGGCGUUGUCGGGACGCAUGGGGAGGAAGGAAACUUGUAUUGUGAAUGCGGCUGUGAUGGCGAGUUCGUGGCCUCAUGGUAAAGGAGGGGGGAAGAGGUUUAAUAAACCGGUUGUUGUGGAUGUUGAGUUGCCUGUUGGGGAGGGAUGAUGAUGCGUGAUGAGGUGGAGGUGUGUAAGGGUUGAGAAGGAAAUGGGGGUUGAUGGGUUAAGGGAGUUAAGUUGAGAGAACUUCAUGUCCCUUAUUAGAUACUAUCCUUAGCUUGGUCUUUCCCCUCUGCUCCCCUCAUCGCUAACCUCGAGUCUUAAUAAUACAUCAACCAUCACACAUCACAGGUACCAAAUGGGCAAAAUCGCCAAGCCACGAAACAAUUCACAGAGAAAGAAUCAAAAAAGUACCCAAAUCAUACCAACCAUAUAGUACCUCAAGUCUUAUCAAGUUCCAAAAUCUCGGCUAAUCUAUCAUUUCCAUCUCUACCACCACUACCACUACUUAUUUAGAACGCUAUAGGUGAGUCCUUCCUUUCAAGUUAUCUGAUAUAGUAUCAGAGAUAUAGGAAAGUCAGAGGGGAAAUAAGCAUCUUUAUGAAAUAAAUUGAUCUAGGUAAUGUAC